GUACAUGUAAUUCUAUGGAACGUUGGCAGGGUAAAUUGGCAGUGGUCACUGGUGCCAGUGGUGGCAUUGGUGCUGCCUGUGCUCGAGCUUUGGUGGUGGCAGGUCUACGUGUCGUCGGUCUCGCACGGCGAGAAGCUAAAUUGCAGGAGCUCAAAUUCAGUUUGCCUCCAGCAUUGCAACCACAGUUCAUACCACGUCGCUGUGAUGUAUCUAAAGAGGAUCAGGUUGUAGCGGCAAUCGAUUGGACGGAACGUAUGUUGGGUGGCGCGGAUGUACUGUUAAAUAAUGCUGGUAUCACACGUGAAACGGAACUGGUGGCGCCUAAUAAUACUGAGAAGAUACGCCAGGUAAUUGAUACUAACGUCAUGGCGGUGUUAUGGUGUACACGUGAAGUGUUCCGCGGCAUGAUGAAGCGUGGCAACGAGGGCCAUAUAUUGGUCAUUAACAGUAUAGCUGGGCAGCAGGUGUUGAAUUUUAUUGAUGUGCUACCGAGCUUCAAUAUAUAUCCGGCAACUAAGUUUGCCAUUACGGCGAUGACGGAGACUUACAGGCAAGAAUUUCAACUGCACAAGAAUAAAGUUCGUAUUACGGGUAUUUGUCCCGGUGCCGUGAACACAAACAUAUUUCCGGAAGAAAUUCACUUCUAUGUGAAGGAUAUGGCACGCUUGGAGCCAGCUAAUAUAGCUGAUGCGGUUUUAUAUGCGCUUCGUACUCCGCCCCAUGUCCAGAUUCACGAGAUCACGUUAAAACCGAUGGGGGAAAUAUUUUAAUGCAAAUAUUUUUCAUUUGUUGAACUUUGAAGUGUCACAGCAAAAAGGAACUGUUAUAGCAGAAAAUCUUAUAUGAACAUACUAUUGUAUAAAUAAAUGUAAACUGUUGUUUUUAGAGCUUA